AUGCUGUUGCUUUUUAGUCUUGUCUAGGGAGAUUUUUUGGUGUUUCUGCCAAGCUUCUUGUACUGUACAAUUUUUAUCUAUAAGAAAGAACUUCAUCAACUGGAUUUCACUGGAUUCAGAAUAAAGUGUGGAUGUGAAGCACUUCAGAAGAUUGCUGGUACUGCCACUUCAGCAUAAAUGUAACACCAUAGGGAUAAAAUCCUGCAGUUUCCUCUCCUUUUUGCAGUGUCUGUCAUCCCUAACUGGAGAAGUCAUUCUCUCAACUCUCUGAGGCAUGUGGAGCUAGAUCCUUCGCAAAGAUGGAAAGCACCAUCCCCUCAACUGUGAGGGUGGCCACAGUAACAGGACCUGGCAGUAGCCCACUCAGAAUCAGCCCCAAUGUUUCUGACAACAACACUUGGGAUGGAGCCUCUUCCACUGAGGACAUUAUAGCUACCUGUACAAUUGGCACCAUCCUCUCCCUCAUGUGUAUUAUUGGAGUGACUGGCAAUGUCUACACACUGGUGGUGAUGUGCCACUAUCUGAGGUAUUCAGCCUCAAUGUACAUCUACAUCAUCAAUCUUGCCUUAGCAGACCUACUCUAUCUUCUCACCAUCCCUUUCAUUGUCGGGACCUAUUUCAUUCAGGAAUGGUACUUUGGGGAUGCUGGGUGCCGGAUCCUUUUCAGUUUGGAUUUCCUUACCAUGCAUGCCAGCAUUUUCACCCUGAUGGUAAUGAGCACAGAGAGGUACUUGGCUGUGCUGAAGCCUUUGGAUACUGUGAAAAGGUCUAAGAGUUACCGCAAAGCUAUUGCCAUUGUCAUCUGGAUGGUGUCCUUACUUCUCACCCUCCCAAUGCUUAUCAUGAUCCAGUUAGUCCAAGGAGGAAAGAACAUCUGUCUUCCCACUUGGAGCAAGAUGUCCUACAAAAUCUAUAUCACCAUCCUCUUCUGCACAAGUAUUGUGGGCCCAGGGGUUGUCAUUGGCUACCUUUACAUACGACUAGCAAGAACUUACUGGGUGUCCCAAACCACAUCCCUGAAAGAGACCAAGCGGAUUCCCAACCAGAAAGUGCUCUAUCUCAUCUUCACCAUUGUGCUGGUUUUCUGGGCUUGCUUCUUACCCUUCUGGAUAUGGCAACUCCUCUUCCAAUACUGUGAACCUUUCCCUGUCUCCCAGAAGGCUACAAGGAACAUCAACUACCUGACCACAUGCCUGACUUACAGCAACAGCUGCAUCAAUCCUUUCCUCUACACUUUGCUAACCAAAAACUACAAGGAGUACCUGAGGAACAGGCAAAGGUCCUUUAACAGUGGCAACAGCAGCUACUUCCAGAGGAGAAACAGAUUUCAAAGAAUCUCAGGGAGAUCUUUCUCCACAAGCAGCCAGCACUACACUGAGACCUUUGUACUGCCUCCCAUUCCUGGGGGAGGCAACAGUCCCUGAAGGGACAAGUGCACCUCUUGAUCCCUAGUCAUCUAUCUUCUCACCAGUGGGAGACACCAGGAAAGGACAGAGAAGUGAAGCUGGCAGGGGAAACAGAGCAUUGGGGGAACAAGAGAAAAGAGAAACAAAUUGAAGCCUUGUCUGCCAGAAGUUCCCCUCCAUCACAUUUUUUUUGGCCUUGGGAGGAAUUCUUGGAAAGUUU